UGUGUUAAUAGUUUCAAACAAAAAUUCAUGAAAACUGCUUACUUAUGUAUUUUUCAGUACAUAUUUAAAUUUAUACAUUUCCCUUUCGCAGAGAAUAAUCAGUACAAAAUUACUGUGCUUGAGCCAAAACGCUGGUCUCUAUUAUGUGCUUCAACAUUGUUAAUGAGCACAAAGAAUGUAAUUGCAUGUUUUCUAACGUGCCACAGUUAUGUUACAUCAUAUAACUGGAGUUACAAUAAAAACAGCAGCGGACUGUAAGCACCCAGCCAAGCCUUGGCUGCCUUGACCCGUAUCUGGGCUUUCACUCCAGUAGGCUGCCUCCAGCACAGCUGAUGUCAGCUGUCAUGUAACAAGAUGAGGCUUCUCCCACUGUUACUGCUCCUGUCAACUCUAUCUUGUAUCCAAGCCCGAGUUUUGUUUCCAGAGGAAGUUGUUUCGUUCUUAUCAUUUGUCUAUUCAGUGUUGCCACCCGUUAAAAUUGGGAAAGACAGUCGAUUCGGAGUAGGUUUCCGGGUGGGUCCCAAUGCAGACUUCCAGGUUCUCCUAGAACUGGGGCCACAGAGUGAGACGCAACCUCUCGGCCCUAGCGGUAACAGCAAACGGCAAACUCUGGACAGUGGCUUGGCCAACAGCAAUGUUAAAAAACCCAGCCAAGCUAAAAGGUUAAAAAAGAAGAAAAACACAGUUCUAAUAAAAACGACAAAUGAAAGUAUUAAAGAUAUAAAGACAAACACUUCAAUUAGUGUGCAAUAAACAGUCUUAAUAUGUAUUCAAAAUUAUUAACAAUGAAAGCAUUUCUGAAAACACCAAAGUGACACACUGUAAUUGUAAACAUACAGGAAAUGUCAAAUGAACUCUAACACCUAAUAUAAUACACAAAGAAAAUCAAACAGUACAUAAUAAUCCUAAAAUUUUAUACAAUAAAGUAUGACAAGCACUGAAA